AUGGUUAUGUGCUUAGAUCUUAAAGAAAAAAUGCAAAGGGCAGAAAAGAUAUGUAGCGCCUAUGGAUAUCAAGUUUUGGAAGCAAAGUUUGUACAGGAAAAACAUUUGCUCUGUUUAAAGUUACAGUCUUUAGGGUUAUCUCAUUUAGCGUCAAAUACUUCAGCAUUAUUCUUAGACCCUGAAUCGAAUAACGAUGCGAAAGUACGCUUUCGUCUGGCAGAUGUUACAAUGGCAUACGGUUUCCCAGUGAAUAGUCCGACAGCUGGCUCGGCUGAGGGUUACAUUGGCGAUGACCAUCAUUUUUACGGAGUACUUCAUUUGGGCAACCGUACUCUCCACGCUGAUCCAUAUGGAAAAGACGAUCCGAAUUUUUUUUUCGGUGUUCUUGAAAACGAUAACAUGGUUGCACCUGGGCGGUCUCGUCGAGAUGACCAGCUAGGUGCAGGUUUUUACCAUCUCCCUUACUUCCCAUACCGCAUAGAACAGCGUAAGCCCCAGCCAGGAGUCGCAACCGCACGAAUCUGCGACCUGCUGCUGCUGGCUGAUAAGGAGUUCUUUGUAAAAGAUGCGAAUUCUAGCCUCAACCACGUUGUCCGAAGAAUGAUUCAUGCAGUUGCACAGGCCGAUAUUAUAUUCAGAAACGCUGACUUCAACGAAGAUGGUGUCCCAGAUAACAUCGGUUUCUCUGUAAAAUAUAUCCUCGUCCUCACAUCUGAUGAGACCAAUAACAGGGUGUUCGGAGACUUGGCAAAAGACCGCGAAGUAGACGGUAGAAAUUACCUCAUGCGCUUCGCAAGAUUGCGGCGUCUGUCUGAGGUCUGUCUCGGAGUCGCUUUCUCUGGACAUGCUUUUCAUAAUAGAACACUCGGAUUAAGUUUCACAUCUCUGGGCGGAGGUAUGGGCGGCGCUGCGGGCGGUCUCUGCGACCGUCGCGCGUUCGGUAGAUCUUUCAAUACUCUUGCGCUUGCGCACGCAACCGUCGAACUCAAUCAACGUGUUCCUGAGAGGAUCUCAGCUCUAACAUUGGCACAUGAAAUAGGUCAUAGUUUCGGUGCACAUCAUGAUGAUCGCUUUCCCAACCCGGAAUGCCAAGGAUACCUCAUGGGCUCGCAAUCGUCACCGUUCACCACCCACCACCUUGAGUUCUCACUUUGCAGCAAGCGACUUAUAGCAGCCACCUUGAGUAGCAUGAGUUACUGUUUGUCAGAAAUUGAUAAGCCUUUUUGUGGUAAUGGUGUAGUGGAAAAUGGAGAAGCGUGUGAUUGUGGUCUUCCCUCCCACUGCAUGUUUAAAGAUCCAUGUUGCACUCCUCGCGCGGGAGGUGCUCUCGCAUUAGAAGAAUGGACAUUGCACAAAGAAGGUUGCUCUGUAGCGCCUAAAGCGGCCUGUCACCCUUCACAAGGGCUCUGCUGUAAUGCGAAUUGUGAAUACGCUAAUCUAACAGCGAGCGGCAUUGACUGUACGAUGCAAGAGAGACCUUGCACCUGUGAACAAGUCGAGCCGUCAGACUGUCGCUGCGGUCUCGGAGGGCGAUGCUUGGAGGAUAAAACGUGUCACGCCGCCGAUUGUGCCAUUUUAGGUCUUAGAGAGUGCAGCUGCGAGAAAACUGGACCGGGGGGUGCAUUGAGUAAGGCAAGAAUGUGUGGCGUGUGUUGCCAAAUAAUAGCUGCUGGCGAUGGCAAAAGUCAUUGCGUUGGUGUUGAAUUCGCUGCCAGAGCAGUAAUGGCUUCAAAUAAGCUGCCAAAGAAUUGGCCUGACGAGGAUUAUAAAGGACCUAAUAUCACUCUUAGACUAUGUGCGAAUAAAGAGUGCAGGAAAGUUCGAAUACGAGCUUGGCCUCCCGGCGACGCCUGUGUUUCGAUGAAUGUAGUGGGCAUAUGUUCACCGCGAGGAUUGUGCAAGAUGGUCGUCAUAGCACCUGCGUCUAACAUAUACCCGGAUGUAAUGAGGGUUAAAGCAAUGAAACAUUCAGCAAGCACAUCAAAAAAGGUUGACGUCAACAUUUUAAGUUUAAUCGUUCCAAUUUUAUAUAACAGUAUAUUUAUUUUUAUACCCCUUGUAUGUACUUGA